AGAGGCUCUCCAUCCAACAACCGCAACAGAACUCUACCAUGGCAGACGACAUUGCAACGUGGGAAGCUUCUGGCGUCGUGGCGCGGGCCAAGGCGCUGAUCCACUCGAGCAACGUGCGUGUCUUCUUAUUCCCCUGCGUCUCCUCUGUAUUCUCACACCUGGCGCAGCUCUCUGCUGGCACUGUAGCCGUCGCAAUCGCUUCGUAACUCGACCACUAAUAUGUCACGCUUUCUUAUCAUUGUCUUUAUAUUUGCAGUACGAGAAAGUGGCCGAUGCACGCAAGGACGUGGAUGACACUUUAGCCAAAUGGGUAGCCUCUAUCCAGACGCAGAGCGACCCCAUGAACGUCGCAAGAGGUAGCGCCGCCAUCGUAGCGCUAUGGCGUCAAUACGCGGCUCUGGAAAUGGAGCUGCGGCAGUUCAAACAGGCCACUAAAGUGUUCGAGAGAGCCGUGAGUUGCCCCAUCGCUGGCUCCAGCACGCCCUUGUGGCUGCAGUACGCAGACUUUUGCGUACAGAGGAAGAAAUUCUCCAAUGCCAGGAAGAUCUUUGUGCGCGCCCUGCAGACGCUGCCCGAACAGGAGCAAAAGGCCGUGUGGGCCCGAUUCUAUGGCUUUGUGUGUACUCAUGUGGACAACAAAUUGUCCCUGGCCAUGCUGCAGCACCAGGUUAUGCCGGACAAGUUCCCGCAGCCUGGAACGACAGCCACUGCAGCUCCUUCUACCGCUACUACAGCUGCGGCCACCACAUUGCCGAGCACUUUGCAGCCUCAACAGCAGGCCAAGACUGCGGCCGUGUCUCUGGUAGACCCUGUCGUAGCCUUUAUUGACAAGACUGGCGAAGUCACGCCCUCGCCUUCUCCUCUUGCAGUCGAGAGCGUCGGCCACGCGGCGGCGGUCAAGCGGCCGUCUGAUCCACGCCUUGCAGGCGACGCCAAGCGGGCCAAGCAAGAGAUAGCAGCGGCCACUGCCCCGGCCGAGCCUACGGCCUUCUUCUCGCACAUCCCUGUGACGCUGCCGUUUAUCCCCACUUGUCCGCACUUGUUGUUUGAUAGCGUGGCCGACGGCGAGGCACAGAAGCAAAUUGGCAACGAACUAUUGGAGCGAUUGUCCGACGUUCUAAGUGAUAGCGCCGUCUUCGAAGGAGUCCGCGAUCUGCGCGACAACCAGCGCACUCGUGAUCGAGAGAUGUUAUACCGUUGGCAGGAACUUGUUGGCAUGCAGAUGAAAGAGGGAAGCGAACUGUUCGCCCGACACGUGGCGCUUGAAAUGCAGCACGGCUUCUCGGAUCCGCGAGGCCUGAUCGCACUGAAGACGCAGCACUUGGAGCAACGUCGCGAGUUUUCCAGUCGCUGUCUGAUGUCCCAGCAGCAGUUCAUCGACAUUAGUGCCAUGGAUCGGGCCAAUGCAUUAAAGGCCCAGCAGAUCUCGCUUGAGAACAUGAAGAUCCCGGAAAUGAAGGUGACGACGGAGGCCGAAGCAAUUGGGUUGCAGCGUGCUAUUGUAGGUUUGAUUCUUGAAGCAGAGAAGCUGUGGCGAGAGGAGAAUCAGCGCAAUGCUGACGCUAAGAAGGCCCAGCAGGCCUCUCCUGCUUCUGGCCGUCCUCCUGCGAGGCAGAGGAGAGACAGUCAGGACUCUACUACUUCCAGUCACUCUACUUCGCGUAGUUCUAGUGGAGGCUUCCGUGGCAGUGGCAGCGGGAACAACCGGCAAGACCCACGCGGAUCCCGCAACUGGGCCGGGAACGGGAUUAAUCGCCGCCGCGAUCGUGACCCGCGUGGAGGCCGGGGCCGCUCGAACAAGUGGGAUAUCCAGCCCCCGCAGUCAGGGCCUGCUGCCGCUGCGCCUCCACAGCAUUCGCGUUACGAUUACCCUGGACAACAGACUGCGCCUGUGCAGCAAAUGCCUCUGUAUGAUCGAGGGCCGCAGCAGAUGCAGGCUCCUGUGCAGCAGCCACGUCCAUUCCAGCAGCAACCGUACGGUGCGCCCAAUGCGCCGCCUUACGAUGAAUAUGGAGGCCGACAGGGCCCAAUGCCAGAGCAGCAAGGGUAUGCUCCGCAGCCUUCAGGCGCCUAUUUCUCUGGGCCACAGGAUGGCCCGCGUGGUGAUCGCUUUGUAGGACAAGGAGGCCCUUCUAGAGGCGCUGCUGGCGGCUGGCCACAGCAACAGCAACAGGUAUUCCAUCAACAACCGCAACAACCAAUGCGGCCACGCUCAGGCCCUCCUGCUGGUGGAGAUCCUUCUCUAUCGCGAUAUGGAGCAGGUGCAGGUGCAGGAGCUGCUCGGGAUGGCCCUGGUCCCGCUCCGUAUUAUCAGGAGCCACUCCAGCAACAGGGUCCUUAUGGCCAGCAGCUGCAGGGACCUUAUGGCCAACAGCCAACGCAACAGCCUCCGCGUCGUGACAACUUCUCUGCAUAUGCGUACGAUCAGUAUGGACCACCCCAAGGCGAAUUCCAGCAGCGCGGAGGAGCCAGACCCAUGGCAAACUACGGGCCUGGCCAACAGCAACCGCCACCGCAGCAACGAUACCAACAGAACCAUCUACUCCCGUCGCCUGCACCCGCCGGCAUGAACAACAAUCGCCGUAAUCGACGUGGCGGGCGCUACCGUCGGUGAGAAUAGGACAGCUACACUAGCAAUGCAAGGCACGGUUUGGUGCUGUUCAAGCCGAAGCAAGCGAACACUUUUAAGAUUUCUUCAUAGGACUCUGGCCAACCUUAUGAGAAUAUCUAUCUACCCUACCAACAAACAUGUAGAACACGUAUCGAUCUAACGUCGAAAGGGAUGUCUAACAUGCUUAUAAUUGAGCGAGAGAUGAUUAAUGAACGACAUUAAAGUUCUCCGACACGUUCGGCUAUCUCCAU